GGCAGGGGAAGUAAGGAUGAAGCUCCUGUUUGCAGCUGUGUUUGUGCUAAUCGCGCUGUCUGCCUUUGAUCAGGCCGACUCCUCGGCGUAUGACAAGAUUGUGACCCACAGUCGCAUCAGGGCAAAGAAUGAGGGGCCAAAUGUGUGCGCCCUCCAGCAGGUCAUGGGGACCAAGAAGAAAUACUUCAGCACUUGCCGAAACUGGUACCAGGGGGCUAUCUGCGGAAAGAAGGCGACUGUCCUUUAUGAGUGCUGUCCCGGGUACAUGAAGCUGGAUGGCAUGCGAGGUUGCCCUGCAGUGGCCCCAAUUGACCAUGUUUAUGGAACUCUGGGCCUGGUAAAGGCCAUCACCACCCAGGAGUACUCAGAUAUCUCCAAGCUCAGGGAGGAGAUUGAGGGCUCUGGAUCCUACACCAUGUUUGCACCCAGCAAUGACGCUUGGGAUCUCUUAGAACCUUCAGUGAGGAGUGCUCUGGUGAGCAAUGUGAACAUCGAGCUGUACAACGCCCUCCGCUAUCACAUGGUCAACCGUCGCCUCCUGACCAAAGACCUGAAGAAUGGAAUGACAGUCACAUCUAUGUACAACGACCUGGGCCUGUUCAUCAACCACUACUCGAAUGGGGUUGUCACAGUGAACUGUGCCAGGAUCAUCCACGGUAACCAGGUGGCCACCAACGGAGUGGUGCAUGUCAUUGACCGUGUCAUCACUGCUGUGGGAAACACCAUCCAGGACGUCAUCGAAGUUAAUGAUGAGCUGACAUCUCUGAGUGCUGUUGCUCUUGCCUCCGAAUGGCUGGAGAAACUGGGUCAGCCAGGUCACUUUACCCUGUUUGCCCCUACCAACGAGGCCUUCGAAAAGGUGGACAGGGAGGUUCUGGAGAGACUCAUGAACGACAAGGGAGUCCUCCAAGCCCUGCUGAAGUAUCACAUCCUGGACUCGGUUCAGUGUUCUGAAGCCAUCAUGGCCGGUACCUCCUACGAGACUCUGGAGGGCUCCAACAUUGAGAUCGGCUGCGAUGGCGAGAGUCUGACUGUCAAUGGAAUCAAGAUGGUGCUGAAGAAGGACAUCGUCACAUCCAACGGUGUCAUCCACCUCAUUGACCAGGUGCUCAUGCCCAAUUCAGCUAAGCAGGUGAUGGAGCUGCUGGGUGAUUCUCAGAGCACCUUCAGUGACAUGGUCUCUGAGCUUGGACUGGCUGCUGCCAUGAAACCAGAGACAGAGUACACACUCCUGGCCCCGCUCAACUCAGUGUUUACUGAUGAGGUUAUGGGGAUGGAUCAGCGUCUGCUGAAGAUCAUUCUGGAGAACCACAUUCUGAAGCUGAAAGUGACCUUGAGCCAGUUGUACAACGGUCAGAAGCUGGAGACUAUUGGAGGAAAGUUGCUGCGGGUGUUCAUCUAUCGUACCGCGGUGUGCAUUGAGAAUGCCUGCAUGGUGAGGGGCAGCAAGGAGGGGAGCAAUGGUGCCCUGCACCUCAUGAGGACCCUCAUCAAACCGGCCGAAUCCACUAUGUACGAGAUCCUGUUGGCAGACGGACGCUUCAAGAUAUUCCUGUCCCUGAUGGAGGCAGCUGGUUUGACUGACUUGCUCAAUCAGGAGGGAGGCUACACCUUGUUUGCCCCCACUGAUGAUGCCUUUGAGGGUCUGAGCCCGGAGGAUAUUGAACUGCUAACCAGUGACGUCAAUGCCCUGAGGACUAUCCUGCUUUACCACUUCAGUAAUGGUGUCUUCAUCACUGGAGGAUUGGAAGGAGGAGUCACCAAUCUUCUUAAGACCAUCCAGGGCAGCAACAUUCGACUGCUGUCUGCUAACAACUCCAUCCUGGUGAAUACAGUCAACGUCCCCGACAAUGACCUUAUGGCAUCAAAUGGCGUGAUCCACAUUGUGAAAACCAUGCUGUAUCCCGGGGACCUGCCAGUCGGCCGGGAGGACCUGCUGGUGUUGCUGAAGAAGCUCAUCAGAUACAUCCAGAUUAAGUUCGUGGCUGGUUACACCUACCGUGAGAUCCCUCUCACCUUCAUCAAGAGAACCAUUAAGGUCAUAACGGAGCCAAUCACAGUCACCCGCAUCAUUGAAACAGUGCCAAAUGUUACAACAGUCACCAGAGUAAUUGAAGGAAUCAUUGAAGGGGAGCCAACUCUCACCACGGUCACCAAAGUCAUCGAAGGGGAGCCCACAGUCACCAAGGUCACCAAAGUCAUCGAAGGGGAGCCCACAGUCACCAAGGUCACCAGGGUGAUCGAAGGGGAUCCCACAGUCACCAAGGUUACCAAGGUCAUCGAAGGGGAGCCCAUAGUCACCAAGGUCACCAGGGUGAUCGAAGGGGAUCCCACAAUCACAAAAGUCACCAGGGUCAUUGAAGGCCCUCAGCUCACCUCCUCUGAUGGCGAGUUUGACACUGAUGGAGAAAUCAGAAAGAUCCUAGGGGAAGAGGUUACCAAGGUUACGAAGCUUCUUGAGAGCGAUGUACACAUUCUCGAGGACGAAGAGAUCAAACAAAUCCUCGAGGGAGGUGGAAUAGGUUAUACCACCACAGUUACCAAGGUGAUUCCAGGAGAUCCCCAUAUCAUUAAGGGGCCUGACUUCUCCAAGAUAAGCACCUUUGAGGCAAACCCGGAGCUGAUUGAUGCAGAAUCAGAAAGGAUCACCAAAAUCAUCAAAGAGGGUAAACCAGUGAGAAGAGCUGCAGCCAGAAGAAUUCCAGCUGGCAUUAAGAGAAAAAUAAGACGUCACCCUCAGGCCAACAGAACAAGAAAUCCUUGAGAAUGCCCAAGCAACCUGACAUGAACUGGACAGACACCCCAUGCUUCUAGGAGCACACCAAAUCAAGCAAAUGGUUGUAGACCAAAUUGAUAUACCAAAGGAAAAUCCUUUGUUAAAGCAACAAGUGAGGGUGUCUGUAAAUGCCACAAUUCAUCGGAAAAUCUUGGAUGACUAAAAAUGAUAUGUUUGAUGAUGAAAAAUAUAUUUAGAAUUACACAUAUGUGCAAUUGCUGUUCAUACAUGUGGGGAACAUGAAAAGCUACAGCUGGUUGAGAAGUGGGGGGAGGUAGGCAGUAAGCCAAAGGUAUAUCCCUAAGUUGUAAGGAUAUAAUUUUGUCUUGUCAGCCAGAUGAUCUGAUGAGGAACAGAUUGGACAGCUUACCUCUGCAUGAACAUGAUUUUGCGGUGCUCACAUUCUGAACUGAGAAUGUCUUUUUGGAUUUGUUGUUCUUUUCUCAAUAGAAUUAAGCAGUGCUUUGCUAUUUUCACACAGUAAGUGCUGAGACUAUAAAUUAUGGAGCUUGACAAAGGACCAGAUUUUAAACGCUUAUUCUAUAGUUGUCUGGAAUCUCACUCCUUCUCUGUGUCCUGUUUUCCUCCCCUUUACCAAUGGUAUGUGUUUGUCUGUCUGUUUGUUCCCAGAUUGAAAAUGCAGAUGCUGCCAACUUUUGUUUGAAAUAUUUUUCUGUGACUUUUUAUGUUGGGUUUGUGUACAUUGAUGUACACAAAGCCUCUU